AAAAAAAUUAGUUAUAUUAUUACUUUCACAAUAACUUUCAAAACGACACGACACUAAUGAACGCCGAAGAACUACUCAAAUGCGAACAGUUGGCCGUAAGGCUGGCCAUCGAUGCCGGCCGUAUGAUGACUACGGCGUCGGACAAACAGCGUAGAGGACACGGUAAAGAGUCGCCAAUCGAUUUGGUUACCGAAACCGACGGCCAAGUGGAACGAUAUUUGUUUGGCGAACUGGGAAAGUCGUAUCCCGAUCACCGAUUUGUCGGCGAAGAGCAGACCAACGGUUUCGGUGAUGGACAGGGAUUGACAUCGGCUCCCACGUGGAUCAUCGAUCCGAUUGACGGCACCACCAAUUUUGUACACAACAAUCCGUUUACGUGUAUAGCCAUAGCACUGGCCAUCCAAAGGGAACCGGUUUUAGGCAUAGUCUACAAUCCGUUUCUCGACAAACUAUAUACGGCUCGUAAGGGGUCGGGUGCCUACUGUAACGGUCGUCCCAUUCGCGUACGUGAACCGUGCGAAUCGCUGGCGAAAGCAUUGGUCGUCGGCGGUAUCGGUGCCGAUAGUGAUCCGGAAAAGAGACGUCAAAUGGCCGCCAAUUUUGGUCGGAUGGCGUUCGCCACUCACGGUGUCCGCUGUUUGGGCAGCUGUGCACUGGAAAUGUGUUACGUGGCUGAGGGCUAUGCCGACGCCAACUGGGCGAUAGGCGUACACGUAUGGGAUUUGGCGGCCGCAUCGCUGAUAAUUACCGAAGCGGGUGGCGUAGUGGUCGAUACAGAGGGCGGAGCCGUCGAUAUUAUGAACAGGCGUGCGAUAGGGGCCAGUCAUAGCCGACUGGCACAGGAGUUCAGUCGGGCACUACCCUAUCAGUUGCAGUACGAAAGGGAUAAUUGAAUUGUUAAUUAAUUU